UGAGAAGUACACUGAAUACAGAUGAAUAUUGAAAGUUGGUCCAGCAAUUCUUUAAUUUAUCUUCCUUAAAAUCAUUGAUAAAUCAUGGAUAGAAGAAAAAAGAACAGAUUACAAAAUUCUUGGUUAAAAGAACAACAUAAACGCCCUCGUGAUAAAACUUUCUCCAAUGAGUUAACAUGUCGGAGUUUUACAUUUCAACAAAAUGUGCUUCAAGAAAGAAAAUCAAGGCAAACAAAGUUAAUAACUAGACAUGGAGUUCAUGAUCUUAGUAAUGGAACAUCAGGCAAAGCAAGUGUUGAGUUUGAUCCUUCCUUCAUUCCAUUGGAGGAAACAAUGUGGAUGUUUGAAGAGUUAAAAUGCAAGAUACCAUGGAAAGAAAAAAACAUCAAACUUCAAGGUGAAUAUCACCGUCAACCACGAUUAACGGCAUGGUUUGGUGAUUUUCCUUAUACUUACUCAGGAUUAACUCUUCAACCAUAUCAAUGGUCUCCUCUAUUGGACUCGUUACGAGAACGAAUAUUUUUGAAAACUGGACUUACGUUUAAUUCAAUGUUGGCAAACUUUUAUCGCAAUGAGAAGGAUAGUGUCGAUUGGCAUAGUGAUGACGAGGAUUCCUUGGGUAAUAAUCCUGUCAUAUGCUCUAUCUCAUUUGGGGAAACAAGGAUUUUUGAAAUGAGAAAAAAACCGGUAGAUUCAACUUUAGGAAAGAAUAUCGAUGAAAUUAUUAAAAUUCCCUUGCCAUCUGGUAGUUUAUUAAUCAUGUCUGGUGCUUGUCAGUCAGAUUGGCAGCAUCGUGUGCCUAAGGAAUACCACAGUCGAGGACCUCGUAUCAAUUUAACGUUUCGAAAUGUGUUUGCAAGAAAAUCUUGGAGCAGUGUGCCUUUUCCAACUUCAAAACGUUGCGAAGUGUGUUUAAAUGUUUUUAUUGAUUGCGAAGAAAGAACAGGAAGGCCAUAAAAAAUCUUCACCACUUUAUUUUGACUUUGCAACCGAAAACUGAGUGAAUUAUAUAUACUGGUAAUAAUUGUUAAUCAAACUUUUGCAAUUAAAUAGUCGAUGCAACUCA